AUGGGUGGUCUUAACUUGGAGGUCUUCAAGUUCGGAAUGUACAUCAUGUUCCCCAUCGGAAUCAUGUACUACUUUGGCACCAACCUCGACUCGAGAUUCUCCGUCCCCGAGUUCUGGCCCAAGCCCGAGAACGCAAACAGGAUCCCGCUCGAGAGGGACGAGAUCGAGGCUGAGCUGCAGCGGUUGAGGGCUCGGAGGUUGUAUCUUAGGGAGAAGAGGUUGGGGGAGCAGGGGGGGCAGCAGCAACCACGGGAUCAGCAGGAGUAA